AUGAUCGGACUUCUUUGGCGAACAUGGAGGAUCAAGAUCACGGACUUGCGAGAUCAUCGAGCAGCAGAAAUCACCGGUGGUAUCCAGAGGCGGAACCUGAACCCGUUAUUCCAACCAACCGAGCGCCUGAUUCACGGCAUCGUGCAAUCAUUUGGAUGUACCGGCCACGUUAUUCUCGCCAGAAAGCUGAUUGUGUACAUCUCUCAGCGAUGGCAAAUUCCAAUACCACCAAGCUCCUGGUCUGCGCUCUUGGAGUGGACUUAUAUCCUUUCUUCUAAACCGGCCAGCACGGAGUGGAAGAUCAUGGGUGACCCCAACAGAAUUAUCCGUGCGGACGAGGUUCUCUCAUUGUGGGAGACCUUGAAGGGUGAGCCCUUCUCGGUCAACGUCGGCCUCCACGAAACGGACAUCUACGUCAAAUCGUUGAUUAGUGCUGGAAGGCUAGAUGAGGCCUGGGAGGCCAUAAAGCAGGGUUGUGCCGGGUACGACUCUUUGUGCGAAGAGGUUGAGGAAGCUCUGUUUGAAUCGCUCUACCCUUCAGCUCCACCAACGUCAAUUGCUCGCCAUCGGCAUCUCAAGACCAGGCAGCACAUGACGUGGUACACUGUCCAAGGCUGGUGUCAGCAGUGGCUUCGCCGGACCAGCAAAAGCCUGCGACAUCGACCACAUCUCUCCCCCCAAAUCAUCCCCCAGUUCGUUGGCGACUUCUACCGCUUCCUGCCUGAUCCGAUAACAUAUACAACAAAUGGAGGAACGGUCAGGAUUGCAAACAAGGAGACGAACCAAAAAGUGAAGUGGGUGAGCCGCAUCGUCACGAGCGCGCCAACACAACGCCUUGCCCCGGAUCCAAACCGCCCGAAGUACGCCAAGCCAGUUGGCGCACGUGAUCCGGAGGACCUGGUUCCCGUGCUGACCCAGUUGGGCGAUCCGGUAUACGAGAGUAUGCCAAUCACUAUUCGAAAAUCCAUAAAGAGGAUGGUCCGCCAACGGCGGCAGCUGAGGUUUGGACAAGACGAGAAGUUUCUCCGUUCUGGGAAGGCCAUGAUGCGGGACGACCCAGGGACGGAUGUAGCAGAUAUGUACAUACCCGACGUUGAUACAGAUAUCGCUGAAAUGGGACCGCAAGAUGCUCGCAGACUAGAUAAGAACGUUGUUCUGAGGGCCCUCGUUUGGUAA